CGCAUGUGAAGCCGCUGUCGUCAUAGCGACAGCAUUGUGAGAUACCCGAGUUGGUUGCUGGCGCAGAGCCGAGACGGAGGAGGGGAGGAAGCCGCCGCAGAGGAGGCAGAGAGUCAUUCGUUUUUCAUCAUGCCGAGAAAAAGGGACUUGUCAACAGAUGAAGUUGAGAUUGAUCUGGAGGAUGAUGCCAGUGAUGGCGACGACGGUGACAACCGCAGGCAAGGCAACAGGAGGCAAGCCACUGGAAGAACCACCGCAAAGGCGAGACCCCGUGGCAAAAAAACAGCCGUUGAAGAAGAAGAUGAAGAGGAGGCUGAGGCUCCUCGGACAAGAAGAGGUGCAAACGCAAAGAAGCCGACCAAGAAACGCGGAGGUGACGAUGAUGAGGACGAUGAAAGUGAAGAUGAGGGCCCCAAGAAGAAGAAGCGGGGGGGAGCUGCCAGUAAGAAAAAAGGAGGAAAAACAUUGGACAGUGAGGAGGAGGACAGUGAGGAGCAGAAGGGGAAGAAGGGGAAAAAGGGAGGAGGAAAGAAAGGUGCAAAGGAGGAGGAGGACAGUGGAGCCAAGAAAGGAGAUGCCAAAGGAAAAGACAAAAAGAAGAAGAAGAAAGAAGAAAGUUCAUCCGACUCCAGUUCAAGCUCCGAUGAGGAUGAGGAAUCCUUGUCUGAGGGAGAGAUGGCCCUGCUGAUGGAGGAGGUGGAAGAGAAGAAGAAGCUGAUAUCCACCAUCAGGAACAAACCCUGGAGGAUGAAGAGGCGACUCACACACCUGAAGGAAGCUCAAGACUUUGUGGAUAAAUUUGAAGGAGCUCUCGGCAAAGGAAAAGGCAGGAAGUGGUACGCCUACAAAGUCAUGAUGACAAAGAAAUGGAUUAAGUUCCAGAGGGACUUUGAAAAUUUUAAAACGGCCUGCAUUCCCUGGGAGAGGAAGAUCAAAGAGGUGGAAAGUCACUUUGGGUCCUCUGUGGCUUCUUAUUUCAUCUUCCUGCGCUGGAUGUACGGGAUGAACCUCGUCAUGUUCGGUUUCACUUUCGGACUGGUGGUCAUUCCUGAGGUUUUGAUGGGCCUUCCGUACGGCUCCAUUCCCAGGAAGACCGUUCCCAGGGCAGAACAGGCGACUGCUCAAGACUACUCUGUCCUCAUGGACUUCAAUGGAUAUUGCAAGUAUUCAGUCCUGUUCUACGGCUAUUACAACAACCAGAGGACCAUCGGCUUGCUGAAGUUCAGGCUGCCUCUAGCCUACCUCAUGGUUGGGAUUGGAACGUUUGGCUACAGUUUGAUGGUCGUGAUCCGCACAAUGGCAAAGAAUGCAGACCUCGGCGGUGGGGAUGGAGAAGACGGAGAGUUCACCUUUGCCUGGAAGAUGUUCACCAGCUGGGAUUACCUCAUCGGAAAUGCGGAGACUGCGGACAACAAGUAUGCGUCCAUCACCACCAGCUUCAAGGAGUCAAUUGUGGACGAGCAAGAGAACCAAAAGGAUGAGAACAUUCAUCUGAGGAGGUUCCUCAGGGUCCUCGCUAACGUCCUCAUCACCUGCAGCCUCGGCGGGAGCGGGUACCUCAUCUACUUUGUGGUGAAGAGGUCUCAGGAGUUUGCCAAUAGGGACGAUCUCAGCUGGUAUGAGAAAAAUGAGUUGGAGAUCAUCAUGUCUCUACUUGGCCUUCUGUGUCCUCCGCUGUUCGAAACCAUUGCCGAGCUGGAGGAUUACCAUCCUCGGAUCGCCCUCAAGUGGCAGCUGGGACGCAUCUUCGCUCUUUUGCUGGGAAACCUCUACACGUUCCUCUUUGCCCUCUUUGACGAGGUCAACACCAAGCUUGAAGAAGAGCAGUCCAUCAAGAACGCGACCAUACUGGCUUUGAAGGAAUAUUACGCCAAUUACACCCGCCUGGUUAAUGACACCGAGGCCACCCCGCCCCCCAUGAACCCCGCUGAUGUGAUCCGAGGACCCUGCUGGGAGACCGCUGUUGGCAUCGAGUUUGUGAAGCUGACCGUGUCGGACAUUCAGGUCACCUACCUGACCAUCCUGAUCGGUGACUUUGCCAGAGCCGUCAUCGUGCGUUUCCUCAACUACUGCUGGUGCUGGGACCUGGAGGCCGGAUUUCCAUCAUAUGGAGAGUUUGACAUCAGCGGUAACGUUUUGGGACUUGUCUUCAAUCAAGGAAUGAUUUGGAUGGGGGCGUUUUAUGCUCCCGGUCUGGUCGGCAUCAACGUCCUGCGCCUGCUCACGUCCAUGUACUAUCAGUGUUGGGCUGUGAUGGCGACCAAUGUCCCUCAUGAGAGAGUCUUCAAGGCCUCCAAAUCCAACAACUUCUACAUGGGUCUGCUGCUCCUCAUCCUUUUCCUGAGUUUGUUGCCGGUGGUCUACACCAUCAUGACCCUCCCGCCCUCAUUUGAUUGCGGGCCCUUCAGCGGGAAAGCCAAAAUGUUCGACGUGAUCAUUGAGACCAUCGACCUGGACCUGCCAGCCUUCAUAGGGACACUGUUUGGCUACGUAGCAAACCCAGGCCUCAUCAUCCCAGCUGUUUUGCUCAUGGUACUCGCCAUCUACUAUUUGAACUCUGUCUCGGAGGCGUACAAAAACUCCAACUUGGAUCUGAAGAAGAAGAUGCAAAUGGCUCGCGAUGAAGAAAAGAACCGGAGGAACAACACGGACAGCACCAACGAGGUUAUGAAAGACUUGGAGGACCUGCUGCCAAACCGCUCUCUGGCCCCACCUGCUCCCGCACCGGAGUCUGAAAAAAAGACAUCAUCGGAUCCAAAGCCGAUGAAGACAAAACCCGGAGCAGUUGGGAAAGGCGUGCCCCUUCAGAAAGACGUUGCACUUGCAACAUCCAAUCCCGCCACUCGAGGGCAAGUCGUUCGACAGCCUGGACCAAGAGGACCUGGGCGAGGUCGCGGGAGAGGACCCCCUCCGAGAUAAUGACAUCACCAUUCUUUGCCAUAUAUCACCAGUUGUCGUCACCACAGGAGAGGCUCGAACGUGAACUGUGGAAUUUGACCCAUGGGGGUGAUAAUUCGGCCCUUUUUACUUAAAAUCUGUAAAAAAUGUCAGUGGCUGUUCCGAUGAUCCACUAAAAUGCAUCUCCUCCUUUAUUACAUAUCCAGUUUAAAUCCAAUUUAAAAAAAAAAAGAUGCUUUCGUGGGAUAUCCCUUCAGAACAAUUCGGUCUGCUCAGUGUCAUGUCUAAUGGUUUAUUGUUCUACUUCUAAUAAUCUUCUUGUAACUGUUUGCUUGGAUCCAAUUUGCUCAUGCCCUCAGUAGGUUCUUACAUGGAACAUCAUCCCAGUACACAUUUGGUCCACUUGCGCAUAGUUGCAGUUUCCGGCAUGUGGAUUGCGUGUGGCUGCAAAAGGACAUCAUUGUCAAUUUUGCAUCAAGGAAGGCAACAGUUUUGAAAUUUCACUUUCUCAUUUUUACCCCCCCCCCCCGCUCCAAAAAAAAAAAAACCCAAUCAGAUUCUCACUAAUUGUUUUGCUUCACAUGGGACACAAUUAGGCUUUUUUCCAUUCGUUUUGCUUCCUGAAGUGUAUUUGUGCUAUAUUCUUCAUAAUUUAUAAUUCAGUAUAUUUUCAACUAAAUACAGUCCAUUCCAGUGUU